AUGAAGGAGAUCCAGACUGUGACCCAGUACUCAAAUGAUGUCUCUAGCGUGUGGAAUGCAGUAGCUCUGUGGGCAUGGGACAUUGUGGUUGAUAACUGUGCCAUUUGCAGAAACCAUAUUAUGGAUCUGUGCAUAGAAUGUCAAGCAAACCAAGCAUCAGCUACCUCUGAAGAGUGCACAGUUGCAUGGGGCGUCUGCAAUCAUGCUUUCCACUUCCACUGCAUCUCUCGCUGGCUCAAAACUCGCCAAGUAUGUCCGCUGGACAACAGGGAAUGGGAGUUCCAAAAGUAUGGACACUAGAGAGAUGGUGGCCACGCUUCUUGUUACGUCGUCAGCCUCAGUUGUUCAUGUCACUAUGGGUUUGUUUUAGCAACUUGAAAAAUCAGUAAUGUAUACGACUCUUCUUUAAUCUUAAUUUCUCCCUAUUGUAUACCAUUGAAUAAAAUCUUGCUGGAGCUUCCCGU